GACAGUCCUCUUUGAGCACUGUAUUAAAACAUCUUUGUCAUAGCAUCAGUCAAUUAAAAGAAAUCAGCAUUCGUCGUGUAACACAGGUGACCUUAUUAAUGCAGAUAUGCUUACCACAUUAUGGGGUAUUUUCGGCUCAGUAGUGAGUUUGAUAUAUGCAGGGAUGCAGGGCAUGGUACCAUGUCUUCCUCCAGCUCCUCUACCCACUUCUGUUAUAAAUACUGAUCAGUAUAUGGGCAAUUGGUAUUUUGUGGCAGCAGCUGCAUGGGAUGAAGAUGAUAUUAAGCCUUUUAGGAGCACUGACAGUUCUUACCUUCACAUCCAGAAAGGCGCCAACUCCACCCUGAAAGUGACUGAAAAAACACGUGGGGAGGAGUGUCAAACAAAAUCUUGGGACUACUUUGUUCACUCUAUGACAGACCCAUUCCUGUUUAGAAAAGAUUUCGAGGCCGCUGCAGUGAUUUGGGAUGGCAAGUGGAUAAACUGCCCCUCAUGCAUCUUAAUAUUGAUGAUGGAUGAAAAUGAUGAAAUGUACACUUUGCUAUACAAUCGUAAAGAAACCACACCAGAUGAAGUACUGCAGGAAUUUAAAUCAAAAAUGGAGUGUGUUCUUAUGGAAGAUUUGGUCAAGUCUCCCAAGAAAAAUGGUUAUUGUAAAUGAGGACACUGUUGAUCCUGAUCUAAAUACAGAGGUCACCAGCAGCUGCAGAGAUCUUCAAAGUCCAGAUCUAAAAUAGAACAGUCAAGUACAUAAUAAUUCACUGUUUCUAGUUCUGCUUUUGGAUGCAAUGACUGUCUUAAUUACAUGUUUGGAAUUUAUAUAUUAUCCCAGGUGAGACUGCUUUUAACAAACAGAAUCAAUAUUUCAAUAAAAUACAGGUGAAAACCAAAACUUUGAUUAUUGGUAU